CAUAGGCAUAAGCCACACAAUCUCCCUAUGCUUUCAUUUUUUGCAAGCAAAUCAAAGAAUCCCAAAUUCACAAAUGGACUUUUUAAUUCUAUUAAAUUAAUAAAAUUAGGGAUUCCCAGGGGCAGCCGGAGGUGUGGACUUAGCCUCCCAGACUGCUCUGGGAAGAUUUUCUACCAUAUCUCCCUAGAGCAUGAGAUCCUGCUGCACCCACGCUACUUCGGCCCCAACUUGCUCAACACGGUGAAGCAGAAGCUCGUCACCGAGGUGGAGGGGACAUACACCAGAAAGUAUGCCUUUGUAAUCACUGUAACCACCACUGACAAUAUUGGUGCUGGUACGAUCCAGCCAGGCCGAGGAUUUGUCCUUCAUCCAGUUAAGCACAAGCCCAUUGUUUUCCGGCCCUUUAAAGGAGAAGUCGUGGAUGUUAUUGUCACUCAGGUCAACAAGGUUGGACUCUUCACAGAAAUUGGGCCUAUGUCUUGCUUCAUCUCUCGACAUUCCAUCCCUUCAGAGAUGGAGUUUGAGCCUAACUCCAACCCACCAUGCUAUAAGACAAUGGAUGAGGAUAUUGUCAUUCAGCAGGACGACGAGAUCCACUUAAAGAUUGUGGGGACCCGUGUGGACAAGAAUGACAUUUUUGCUAUUGGCUCCCUGAUGGAUGAUUACUUAGGGCCUGUAAGCUGAGCCUGGUGGACUCCUACCCUUGGUCCUGAUCUAGGAAGUGUGAUUGUCACACUUGCUGUGUUGUCCAGAGGUCCAGUCUAGCUGCUGUUGUGGAGGCAAGGAAGGCAGCUCAUCCCUGGAAGGUUCUUCUUUUGGCUUAGCUACUGCUUUCUGAUUUUUCAGUAUGUGUUCUAUGUAAAAAAGCCCUUGGUUCUCAUGGAA